CGAGUUCAGACGACAAACAGACUGGAUAUGGAUCACAUGUUGAUGCUGCUGCUGCUGCUCUGCAGCUCAGGACUCCAGGCUGAAGAGAAACACGUUUCAGUAGAGCCUGAUGAUGUCAGGUUGGUGGGAGGAGCCAGCCGCUGUGCUGGGAGACUGGAGCUGAAACACCUAGGAGAGUGGAGACCAGUGGUGGACUUCAACUCUGACUGGACCGUGAAGGCAGCAGCUGCAGUGUGCAGACACCUGGACUGUGGCUCUCUUGUUUCAACAGAAAGGAAAAACGCUUCCACAGAAAGAUCUGUGUGGAGGAUCAGAUCUUCUUGUCUUCAGUCUGGAUAUACACUGAGGGAGUGUGGAGAGACGUGGUCUGUGUUUCAUUCUCACAGUCUGGAGAUCACCUGCUCCGAGUCUGUGAGGCUGGUGAAUGGGAAUAGUCUGUGCCAAGGCAGAGUGGAGGUGAGGUCUGACCAGUCGUGGUCCUCAGUGUAUGAAGAUGACUUUGAUUAUUACGAUGCAGAAGUGGUCUGUAGGGAGCUUGGCUGUGGGCCUCCUUCAGUUCACCAGGGGGCGCUCUAUGGAGAAGGGGAGGCUCCAACAUGGACCAAAGAAUUCCAGUGUGAUGGCUUUGAGUCCUCUCUCCUGGACUGUGGAAGCUCAGGCUCAGCUAGAAACACCAGCUCACCUGGCAAAGCUGUUGGACUCACCUGCUCAGAGAUUGAUUAUGUCAAGUUGGUGGGAGGAGCCAGCCGCUGUAAUGGUACACUGGAGAUGAAACAAAGUGGACAGUGGAGACCACUGGUUGACUGGAGCUUUAACUGGAACCCACAGGCAACAGCUGCAGUGUGCAGAGAGCUGGACUGUGGCUCUGCUGUUUCAACACAAUGGAGAAAAAAAUUUGAAUACAGAAAUGUGUGGAAGAUCAGACCCUCUUGUCUCCAGUCUGGAUCUACACUGAGGGAGUGUGUGCAGAGGUCGUUUGGUGAAAGCUCUCGUUACAGCCUGGAGAUCGCCUGCUCAGAGUCUGUGAGGCUGGUGAAUGGGAAUAGUCUGUGCUCAGGCAGAGUGGAGGUGAAGUCUGACCAGUCGUGGUCCUCAGUGUGUGAAGCUGACUUUGACCAGCAGGAUGCACAGGUGGUCUGUAGGGAGCUUGGCUGUGGGGCUCCUUCAGUCCUCCAGGGGGCGCUCUAUGGAGAAGCAGAGGCUCCAAUGUGGACCAAAGAGUUCCAGUGUGAAGGCAGUGAGUCCUCUCUCCUGGACUGUGGAAGCUCAGGCUCAGCUAGAAACACCUGCUCACCUGGCAAAGCUGUUGGACUCACCUGUUCAGAGCUUGAUGAUAUCAGGCUGGUAGGAGGAGGCAGCCGCUGUGCUGGUAGACUGGAGCUGAAACAACAUGGAGAGUGGAAACCAGUGGUUGACAAGACCUUAUACUUCUUCAGCCUGAAGACAGCUACUGCAGUGUGCAGAGAGCUGGACUGUGGCUCUGCUGUUUCAGCAGGAAGGAGACAGGGUUCCCCCAUCCUUGUUUGGUUCAUUUCAAAGUCUUCUUGUCCUUUGUCUGGAACCGCACUGAGGGAGUGUAUAGAAAUGAGGGCUGAGUAUUCCCGUUACACUCUGGAGGUCACCUGCUCAGAGUCUGUGAGGCUGGUGAAUGGGAAUAGUCUGUGCUCAGGCAGAGUGGAGGUGAAGUCUGACCAGUCGUGGUCCUCAGUGUGUGAAGCUGACUUUGACCAGCAGGAUGCAGAGGUGGUCUGUAGGGAGCUUGGCUGUGGGCCUCCUUCAGUCCUCCAGGGGGCGCUCUAUGGAGAAGCAGAGGCUCCAAUGUGGACCAAAGAGUUCCAGUGUGAAGGCAGUGAGUCCUCUCUCCUGGACUGUAGAAGCUCAGGCUCAGCUAGAAACACCUGCUCACCUGGCAAAGCUGUUGGACUCACCUGCUCAGAGCCUGAUGAUAUCAGGUUGGUGGGAGGAGCAAGCCGCUGUAAUGGUACGUUGGAGAUAAAACAACAAGGAGAGUGGAGACCAGUGACUCAAAGGGACAAGUGGAACCUGAAGGCAGCAGCUGCUCUGUGCAGAGAGCUGGACUGUGGCUCUGUUGUUUCAGCAAAAUUGAAAAGGUUGUCCUCAAAUAGACCUUUAUGGACGUUCCAAUCUCCCUGUCUUGAGUCUGGAUCUAUCCUGAGGGACUGUGUGAGCACAUCAUCUUUGUCUUCCCCCCUCAGCCUUGAGAUCACCUGCUCAGAGUCUGUGCGGCUGGUGAACGGGAAUAGUCUGUGCUCAGGCAGAGUGGAGGUGAAGUCCGACCAGUCGUGGUCCUCAGUGUGUGAAGCUGACUUUGACCAGCACGAUGCAGAGGUGGUCUGUAGGGAGCUUGGCUGUGGGCCUCCUUCAGUCCUCCAGGGGGCACUCUAUGGAGAAGUGGAGACUCCAGUGUGGACCAAAGAGUUCCAGUGUGAAGGCAGUGAGUCCUCUCUCCUGGACUGUGGAAGCUCAGGCUCAGCUAGAAACACCUGCUCACCUGGCAAAGCUGUUGGACUCACCUGCUCAGAGCCUGUCAGGCUGGGGGGAGGAGCCAGCCGCUGUGCUGGUAGACUGGAGCUGAAACACCUGGGAGAGUGGAAACUAGUUGGUGAAAGUGUAUCUGAAUUGAACCUGAAGGCAGCAGCUGCUGUGUGCAGAGAGCUGGACUGUGGCUCUGUUGUUUCAGCCGGGGCGCUCUAUGGAGAAGCAGAGGCUCCAAUGGGGACCAAAGAGUUCCAGUGUGAAGGCAGUGAGUCCUCUCUCCUGGACUGUGGAAGCUCAGGCUCAGCUAGAAACACCUGCUCACCAGGCAAAGCUGUUGGACUCACCUGCUCAGAGCCUGUCAGGUUGGUGGGAGGAGCCAGCCGCUGUUCUGGUAGACUGGAGGUGAAACACCUGGGAGAGUGGAGACCAGUGGAUGACUGGGAGUCCGACUGGAAUCUGAAGACAGCAGCUGUAGUGUGCAGAGAGCUGGACUGUGGCUCUGCUGUUUCAACAGAAGCAGGAUGGAGAGAGAGAUACUUAGAAAAACCUGUGUGGAAGGUCAGACCUUCCUGUCCUCAGUCUGGAUCUACAGUGAGGGAGUGUGUAGAGACGUGGUCUGUGUCUUCUGCUUACAGCCUGGACAUCACCUGCUCAAAUCACCAGGGGGCAGAAGACAGCGAGAUGGAAGAAAACACUGAGCUGGACUGA